UUGAAGGCGGAAGCUUGCAAUCAUUUGAAGUCGAACAACUUCAGCAAAGCACUGAAUUCAUAUACGCAGGUAUGCAUUUUUGAUACAUAAAUUAAUUUUACAGAUUGAUUAGCAAUACUCAUAGUUCGUAGUUUAGUUAAGAAUUAUUUGGCCAUAUGCGAGGAGCCACAUUUUUAUUGAUUCUCAAAAAGUGACGUCGUCAUGGAAUUCUUCGCACUCAGAGUGUUUAAUUGGGUAUUGAGAAGCUCUCAAUAGAUUUUGAGUGGAUUCGAAAAAUUUGAUUUGCCACCACUUGUGAUUGAAAUCAUUCGCAAAAAUGCCUAACAAAGCGGCAAAGGACAUUCUGGAGACGGACAAGGAGGCGGAGUACAUGCAAAGCUUUGUCCGUGGCGGCGGUUCGGACGACGAAAGGGAGCCCAUUUCGCAUCAUAAGGUCGAGCUGUCGAAGCAACUCUCAGAUUCCAGCGAUAAGUCCCCGAGGAAGUCUAAAGGCGGAGCGACAAAGGAGCCGCCAAAGUCGAAGAAGCGCAACAAACAGCGAGAGUACUAUGAGGAGGUGUAUUGUGACAAAGACAGGGCGGCGGCCGUCAGCAUUGGGAGCUUCGAUAUCAAGCAGAGCCUCAAUCAAAAAGCUCGCCAGGAGAGGAGUCAAAAUCUCUCGCUGCCCGAGGAAGCUGAACCUGGAGCUUUGUUGGCAUUGGGCAUGCGAGAGGCGAAGAACGGAAAUACGGAUAAUGCUGUUCAAUUCAUAUCAAAGGCACUCGAGCUCAAUCCACAAGAUCAGAACGCUUUGGUGGCGAGAAGCAAGUGUUACUUGCUCCUGGGGGAACCGGACAAGGCUCUACAAGACGCCGAGACGGCUCUCAUAGCAGACAAGAACAAUAUCCGCGCGAUUUACCAGAAAGCCGAGUCUUUAUAUUACUUGGGCCAAUUUGAGCACAGCCUCAUGUUCUUCCACCGAGGACUUCGGCUUCGGCCAGAGCUCAACACCUUUCGCCUGGGUGUGCAGAAGACGCAGGAAGCGAUUGAGAACACAAUCGGAGCGGCUCAGAAGAUCGACGUAGAGAAGGCCAAAGGAAAGGACACAGCAUCGUCAACCAACAGAAGCACCACGUCUAAGAAAACUCGUGCUUCUAAGGCCACUAAAGCUGACCUAGAACGAAGGGCUUCACGACGUCUCUUGGGUGAGCUGUGCGUCGAUAAAGAAUAUUUGGAGAAUCUGCUGAAACAUCCCAACUUGAAGCUCCUCAGCGCGGAAUCGGACACCGAACCAAUUUCAGGAUUGGCCAAGGAUGCUGUUACUUUCCUCAACACGCGCCAGGAGUUCUGGCGCCAACAAAGACCAUGCACAGCUCUGUCUAACAAGAAGAUCAUGGAAGCCACCUCAACAAUGCCCAAGUGGUUUUAGAUUCCUUAUGAUCAUUAUUUGGUCAGUGAAGAGAGUAUAAAGAAUUAAGUUUGGAAAAAAACGCACCGAUCUAAUCACGAUUUGCGAUUUACUGGCCACAAUCAAUUAGUUCAAAGCCUAAAGUAUUAUGAUUUUCACCUUCUAGAGCUGUUGAAAAUUGGAAUGAAUUCAAUGAAACAUAAGAAACGCGGUG